AGUACACAUUGUGAACCAGUUGUAGAAAAUUCAUCGACGUCAAUGGUUAUUUGUUGUGGAACGGUGGUGGAUUGGAUGUCGUAAAUUUAAAAUGCAAUUUUGACGAUGGUCUGAUGAGAUUUAGAGAGUGAAGUUUAUUUUGAAUUAAAGACCUCGCAUUAACAAUGAGGACUAUUCCGAAAUGGGUUGAAAAAAUCCACGACCCCAACGAUAAAAGUGAUGUGGCUAGCAUUCAUUCGACGUGUUUUCACCCGGAAGGACUCCAACUGAUUGUCGGGGCUGGCGACAAGGUGCUGGUGUAUGAUCCAGUCGACGGCAGCCUUAUCAGCUCGCUGAAGGGUCACAAGGAUACCGUGCACUGUGUUGCGUAUGCUCGUGAUGGAAAGAAAUUUGCCUCGGGAAGUGCAGAUAAAACCGUUAUCAUAUGGACGAACAAACUGGAAGGAUUGCUGAAAUACUCCCACGGCGAUUCGGUGCAAUGUUUGGCCUUCAACCCAAUUUCCCAUCAGCUGGCAUCGUGCGCGGUUUCGGAUUUUUCCUUUUGGUCAUCGGAGCAAAAGGCGGUCCAGAAAUACAAAACCACAGCUCGAGUGAACGCGUGCGCCUGGACGAACGAUGGCCAGUACCUGGCGCUGGGAAUGGCGAACGGGUCGAUUUCGAUUCGCAACAAGGCUGGCGAAGAGAAGAUCAAAAUUGACCGCCCGGGCGGUGUGAACAGUCCCAUUUUUGGGUUGGCCUGGAAUCCACCGGCUAGUGGAUCGGCGGAUAUUCUCAGCGUCAUCGAUUGGAGUCAGACGUUGUCAUUUUACUCCCUCGGCGGUCAGGUGAUCGGGAAAGAGAGGAAUUUCAAUUUCGAUCCGUUGUGCCUGAGUUUCUUUCCUGAUGGAGAGUUUCUGAUAAUAUCUGGUUGCAACAAGGCACUGCAGUUAUUCACUCGCGAUGGUAUACGACUCGGAAUGCUGGGAGAUCAGCACGAUUCUUGGAUUUGGGCAACUACUGUUCAUCCUUUGGGGAACUCGAUUGUUGUCGGUUGCCAAGAUGGGACGUUAGCGUGCUACAGCCUGGCGUUCAACACUGUCCACGCUUUGUAUCGGGAACGAUACGCCUUUCGGGAGAACAUGUGUGACGUAAUCAUCCAGCAUUUGGUUUCCGGACAGAAAGUUCGUAUAAAAUGCCGCGAUUUGGUGCACAAGAUAGCCAUCUAUCGGAAUCGCCUAGCGGUUCAGCUGCCGGAACGUGUCGUUCUGUACGAAUUAAGCUCGGCUGAAAAUCAACCGAUGCACUAUAAGGUCAAAGAAAAAAUAGCAAAAAAGUUCGAUUGCAGUUUGCUGGUUGUUUGCGCUCAACAUUUAGUCCUUUGUCAGGAGAAAAAGUUGCAAAGUUUAGAUUUUAAUGGAGUUUUGCAACGCGAGUGGAUUAUGGACAGUUUUAUACGAUACAUCAAAGUAACUGGAGGACCUGCCGGGUGCGAAGGGCUUUUGCUGGGGCUUAAGAGCGGUCAGGUUUGGAGAAUAUUCCUGGACAAUUCUCUUCCCAUUCUGGUUACCACCGUUCUAUCAUCAGUUCGCUGUUUGGAUCUGAAUGCAACCAGGACAAAAUUAGCGGUCGUGGACGAUGCAGGACGGCUGGUGGUUAGAGAUUUAAUUAGUGACACGAUGCUGUAUCAAGACUCCAAUGUCAACUCAGUGGCUUGGAAUACUCAUCUGGAAUCAAUGCUGUGCUACUCGCAUACCACGGGAGGGCUGAGCGUGAGGGUUGGAUCCCUCCCACCAAGAAGUCCUCAAUCUAUGCUUGGGGUAGUAGUAGGUUUAUGCGGAGCGACUGCAUUUUGUUUACGAGGAAAUGUGAUGAGCAAUGUUCCGUUGGCCCUUGGAGCCACCAUGUGGCAGUUCGUCGAAGCGGGCCUGUUUGAGGAAGCCUAUCAGGUUGCAUGCCUUGGAGUACCAUUAUCGGACUGGGAAGGAUUGGGACAGGCUGCUUUGGAAUCCCUAAACUACCAAGUUGCACGCGAUGCGUACGUAAAGGUGCGCAAUUUACCUUGGCUUGAGCUUAUAAACGAUCUCAAAGAGCGCCAAAAGCGAGGUGAUAACUCAAAGGAAGUGCUCCUGGCAGAUACAUAUGCUUUCAACGGAAAGUUCAAGGACGCUGCACGGCUGUAUCAGAAGUCUGGAAACAAUACUAAAGCUUUGGCUAUGUAUAGUGAUUUGCGCAUGUUUGACUUGGCUCAGGAAUUUCUUAAGGAGGGGAGUGCAGCAGAUAAAAAAGAGCUUAUUAGAAGACGGGCUGAAUGGGCCUGUUCGGUGCAUGAACCACGUGCUGCCGCAGAGUUGCUGCUUUCCGCUGGGGAGUCUGAACGGGCUAUUGAAAUUGUAGCUGAGCAAGGAUGGACUGAUGUGCUGUUGGAUAUCGGUAGACGUUUGAAUGCUUCAGAAAAAGAACCAUUGGAAUUGAUUGCGACUCAUUUAAGACGGUUAAAAGCGCUGCCAUUAGCAGCAGAAAUCUAUCGCAAGCUUGGUGAGGAGGAACAAGUCGUCCAAUUACAUGUUGAAGCAAGAGACUGGCCCGAAGCAUUCCGCCUGGCUGAACACUUGCCAAAAAUUUUACCUUCUGUGCAUUAUCAACAUGCUCAGUGGUUGGCAGAAUCUGACCAGUUUAUUUCUGCUCACGAAGCCUACGUACUAGCAGGCAAACCCAAUGAAGCUACCAAACUGCUUCGGGACUUGGUGGAGUGCGCUGUUUCUGAGGAACGUUAUUUAGAUGCUGGAUAUUAUACAUGGCUUAGAGCCAGACAGGUCCUCAAGCUGUUAGAUAGUGAAACAGUUCUAAUGGAAUCUAAAACUAAUGAGUACAAAUCUCUACAGAAACUUUCCUCCAUUUACUACGCAUACAGCACAUUGAAUUCAUAUCUCAAAGAGCCGUUUACAAGUAGCCCUCCGCUUACGCUGUUCAAUACCAGCCGAUUUGUGGUAAAUCAAAUCAAUGGUCCUACACCACCAAAAGGGAUUAGUAUUUUUGCCGUUUAUUACACUUUGUCUAAGCAAGCAAAAGUCCUGGGAGCAAAUAAGCUCCAUUUACAAAUCAACAACAAGCUUCAAUCACUGAAGCCACCGUCAGGAAUACAAGAGCAAGUAGACAUUAGUUACAUCACCAGCCGGGCUUGUCCGGGAGGAUUCAACGAUCCGGAGGAGUAUCUUCCCAUGUGCUAUCGAUGCUCCAACUACAGUCCACACCUUCAUGGAAAUCGAUGCCCCAAUUGUCAUCAGGAAUACGUGUUUUCCUAUGUGUCCUUUGAAAUUCUACCAUUAGCAGAGUUUAGCCUUGACAGCAAUAUCUCGGACCAGGAAGCUGAAAGAUUGUUGAUGGCUCCUCCGAAAAUGAACGACUAUGGGCAGCAGGAUCAAUUUAUUCAUGAGGACAUAAUGGAUACCUUCCCAUCAACUAUGGAUCGUGAUGCCUUACGUGCGAUUGAUCCCCGGGAAGUCAUCAUUAUCAAAGGUCCCAAACCGCUGCCGACCCGUUAUUAUAGGAAUCUUUUGCCUGAGUUGCAAAUCACGGUGUGCCCGGAGUGUAAUAAUGCAUUCCACUCGGAAGACUUUGAGCUACAGUUCUUGCAAAAAGGUUACUGUCCAUUUUGUAGAACGCCCGAGGAUAGCUUAGUAGGUUAAUUCUCGAAAAAACUUCUUGGCGUGUUUUCACAAAUUUGCCUUACGACGUUACAGUUUGAUCUCAUUCCGUCCAACAUCACAUAGCAUUAUGUAUUCGAUUGAAUUUUUAUUUAAAAAAAAAACGCACGAAAUAUUUAUACCUACGUAUGAUUUGAAUAAAGAAUUGAUUCACAAAAAAUAA